UGCCAGUUGAGCAUGGCCGCUUCUCGGAUAGGAUCAUGGAAAAGAAUUUGUCUCCGUUACAAGUAUUUCUUUUAUGCUGCUUUUAUCGUGUGUGUCUUCCAAGUGUUUUUAGCUUACAGUUUUUAUAAAGUAAAUUUAUCGGAUAAAGAGAACAACGAGAAUGCGGGCCCUCAAUCCUCUCAAAGUGACAGUGGAAAAUUUGACAGUCGUUUGACAGGAUACAACGACUAUCUAAAAGCAAAACAACAAAACCAAAAUAAGGCUGUAAAUAUACAAGGUUUAUCAGAUGAUGUAGAUAAUAGUGUCCAUGGUGACGAGGAAGUUGUUGAAUUAGAACCUCCAGCACCUCAUACUACUUUUAUACCCAAGUGUAAGAUAAUCGGUAAAGAUGCGCUGUCGGCACUUGAACGAGCCAAAACCAACAAAUGUCGUCAGGAGAUUGCUGAUGUCGUCUGCUUGGAACAAGAAAAGAAACUAUAUGUUAAAAGUCUUCCAAGGUCGUGUCCGGUUGAAGCGAACACAACAGGAUCGUAUUUUGGAUGUUUCCAGGACAACAAGACAGAUCGUGAUAUGCCAAAACAUUUUAAAGAAUUAAUCAAGAAUUCCCCGCAAGCUUGUAUCGACCAUUGUACAAAGGGAGGUUUAAAGUAUGCAGGAUUACAGUUUGGUCGUGAAUGUUGGUGUGAUGAUAAAUUUGGUCGCCAUGGUAAAGUAGAGGAAGGUAGAUGUGACACGAUUUGUCCAGGUGAUAAAUAUGCUACAUGUGGAGGUUAUCUCACCAUGAGAGUAUUUAGUACUGGUUUACCAGCUAAAUUAAAAAAUCCAUCAACUUUAGCAAGCAAAGAUUCUGUCGCUGACAAACCACCAGUUAAAAUCGUCUUUAUUCUCACGUUUAAUGGUAGACAGAUACGUCAGGUCAUUCGAUUGAUACGAGCUGUAUAUCAUCCUGAUCAUUAUUAUUAUAUACAUGUAGAUAAGAGAGAGGAGUACCUAUUUAGAGAGUUACUUCCCUUGGAAAAAAGAUUACACAAUAUUCGAUUGACUCGUCAGCGUUUUUCGACCAUCUGGGGUGGAGCAAGUUUAUUACAGGCUCAUCUAUCGUUUAUGAAGGAAGUACUGGGUAUCACAGAAUGGAAGUGGGAUUAUUAUAUUAAUCUCAGUGAAAGUGAUUAUCCUAUCAAGAGAAUAGAUGAAUUGGUUUAUUUUUUAAAGAAAUAUAACGGCUACAGUUUCCUUAAAUCACAUGGUUCCGAUACUCACAGGUUUAUCCAGAAGCAAGGGUUAGAACAGACGUUUUAUGAAUGCGACAAUCAUUUAUGGCGUCUGGGACCGCGAGCUUUGCCUACUGGGAUACGUCUAGAUGGUGGUAGUGAUUGGAUAGGAAUAUAUCGUACACUAGCUGAAUAUGUCAUACAACAAGAUGAUGAAUUAUUGCGGGGAUUAAAAAACUUCUUUAAAUAUACUCUGCUGCCUGUGGAGUCAUUUUUCCAUACUUUGAGUCAGAACAGUAAAUUCUGUGAUAAAAUAAUUGAUAAUAAUUUACAUUUGACAAACUGGAGACGUAAACAGGGUUGUAAAUGUCAAUAUAAACACAUCGUGGAUUGGUGUGGAUGUUCACCCAACGAUUUUAAAACUACAGAUUUAGAUAAACUAAUGAAUUAUGAAGACAAGCCGGUGUUUUUUGCUCGUAAAUUUGAAGCAAUUGUAAAUCAAGAAAUUAUCAAUAGCAUCGAUGUUUAUUUAUUUGGGGACUAUGGACAAGAUAUGACAGCUUUAUCUAAUUACUGGCAAAAUGAGUUUCAUCAUCUGGAUAAAAAUACGAAAACUAGAGACGCUUACCUUACAGCCUAUCAUUCAUUCAUGAGGAGAGGACUUCUCUUAUUGGCUGAACAAUUUGCUACCUGUAAAUAUCGACCAAUCAAAGUGCUAGAAGCUAAUAUAAUCUACGAAUCAGAUCAUUUCCAUGGGUUACUUGUGUUAUAUCAAGCAGAAGAUGUGACCUCUGGAAAGGUCAUUACUAUGGAAACUCAUAUGCAUCCGAAAACACAUUAUUCAGUGUUAAAUCCCAUUGGUUCAAUUGGGCGACUUUUGACCCUCGAGAUCGGCACAAACUUUGAUCCCAAGGAGUUGAUUUUCCGUAACUAUGCAUCGCUUAUUGGACCGUAUGACGAGCCGGUAUUGCGCCAUGUUUGGGGUCCUGGGACAGAAUUCAUAAUAUCAGUGGCCUGGAUUGAUCCUUCUAAUGUGAUAGCCGCAUCUUACGAUGUAAAAAUACCUGCAUCUUCGCAUAUAGGCAACCAUAAUCCUUUGUUAAAAUCCCCGUUGAGACCCGGAAUUUGGAGAGUAAGACUGAUGGAGAAUCUCAAAUUAGUAGCAGAAACGAAAUUCCUUGUGUUCCCGCUCCAGUUUUACCAAGCUAGAUCCAUUUCCACGAGCGACAUUCAUCAAGCUCACUCGGGUCCCGACGGACAUUACGCCAAAAAAGACUUUUCAGAAUUACGGACAGUGUUAAAAGUGCCAAAAGACGAGAGAUUAGAAACAAAUGCGUUGACAAAUGCUCGGAAGGUCGGUAAAAACUUGGAGAAAUGGAUCGACGAAUUAUCUCCCUUAUUUUGGCAGGUCCAGAAUAGUUGUGCAAUAGAGGACGUGAGUAGUAAACAGUGUCCACAAGUCGCAAAGUGCCGAUUAGUUUCAUGGAGUUCUCGAUCUCCUGAUCCCAAAUCCGAACUUUCAGCCAUAGUCACUAAAUUAAAAUCGUUUCGAAGGAGAUGACCAUCGUUUACAAAUAGAAAAAUCGAAGAUAAAAUGAUUUGUGUUGAUUACGGAUAUUUUAAAUCCCAAAUUUUCCAUGAUCCCAUUUUAUAAAAUUUUUUUAAAAAAUUUAAUUUAAUUGAGUCCGAUUGUUAGUAUUUAAAAUUUUAGACGCAGAUUUUUCAUUUUAUUUCGACGCUUGUACAUUUUAAACCAAAUCUUAUCUUAUUUGAGAUAUUUUCAG